UGUUUAAUUUUCACUUCAUUUUUAACUCCUGCGGACGCGGAUUAUUUUGCUGAGGAUUUAAUAAACUCAAAUGUAGGUUAUGUGAUGUCGGUGCUGAAAGGGGAAAAAUCGUUUAUAAAACUUCAGAACAAAUAGACAUUGAUUCGGCAUUUAGCUUCCUGAAUCCCAAAUUGGUAACCAAUACUGUCUACUGCACAGCUGUGAAGCUGUUUCAUCUCAUCCGUAUACUGUACGUCCUUUCGUAGCCCCCGUAUUGCCUAACCACCUUUUACACCAUGGAUUCUAAGAUGAAAUAGCUGGAAUAAUUGGCUAUGUUUACGCGGACGGUACGGGAACGCUGAAACUGGAAGUGGAAAGUGUGAUUUCUUUUGUCGUCCAGCAAAUUGAAACGGGAAAAUGGCAACGAAAUCAACUAAAGAAAUGUCGGAGUGGAUCAAGUUCUUCACCGCUGCGGGCAUACCCCCGGGGCCAGCGGCCAAGUACGCCAUGGCCUUCAUCGAUAACCGCAUUGACAAGAGCAUGUUGAUGGAUCUGACCAAGGACUACUUGAAGGACAUGGGAGUGAGCAUCAUGGGAGAUGUCAUCAGCAUCCUGAAGCAUGCCAAGUCAGCUUACUCACAGUAUGAAAGAGAGAGGCCAAUACUUGAAGCUAUGCCCCAACCAGAAGACGGCAAGAUAGAGCUGAAAAGACAGACUACUCCUGGGAGCAGGAUGCUGGAACACUACAUGCGGAAAGAAGGCAUCAUGGAAGACAGCAACACUAAGGUCAAGGUCACCACAGCGAUGGCUACCAGAUUAGGGGCGGUACCCUCAGCAGGUUCCAAGAAAAAGCCAGUGGGUGUGCCCGAUUCAGUUGAGGUCAUCCCGGUGAAGAAAGCGCGGCGGGUACCUCCAGAGGAGGAAGGGGCCUAUGUCAUCUCACUACCCAAGGGCAGCACAGAGAGAACCAAGAAGAUACUGGACCAGAAGGCACAAGAUACCAAGAGUUCUGUGUUUGCGAGGUUGGGAGCUGGUUUAAGUGAUGUAGGCGUUGCCCAAACAUCUAUAGGUGGACAGAUGACUACCAAAAGCACAGCAGAGGGCAAACAGGGUGGUACGCCGACAAUCUUCAACCGUUUGGGUGGUCAAAGCCACCUGUCCUCACCCACUAAUCCAGUACUCCAAUAUCAUGGUGUGCUGAAGAGCUCACCAAAAUCGAGUCCCACACCAAAGAUAAAGACAGGAUCGACAAUCCCCAAGGCCAAGGUCACAGUUGUAAAGGGGGUAGCAACAACGGCAGCAGCAGGUAGCGUGCAGGAGCGACUAGGGGUCCAGCGACCCGAGGUGUCCACCACCACCCUCACCCACAUGGACUCAGUCGGUCUGAAACACAGCCUGCUGGCCCGCCUGGGCGGUCAGAAGGGCGAUUUGCUGUCCCCCACCCAGCCGAAGGUGAUGGUCCGGAUCAGCAAGGGGAACAGCCUGGGCGGUGGCAAGCAGACCUCACCAGCCGUCCUGGCCAGACUGGGCGCACAGAAGCCGAACACGGCGCCGACCGCAGCAACAAAACCAAAGCAGACUGUCAUCACGCUGAAGCCCGGCUUGACCAAACGCCUGGGCGGUCAGAAGGCUCCUGCCAUCAAGGCGGGUGGCGUCAAAGCAGGAGGAGCCAAGUCCGGGGUGAUGGCAAGGCUUGGCAAGAAGCAGAAACAGACCUCUCCUGUCCGAGCGUCCUCUGCUCAAGCCCCCAACAAAGUACAGAAACGGUUGGGGCUCCCCCUCAAGGGGGCAGAGUCUGCCAAGGCCUCCCUGAAGGAACGCCUUGGUCUUCAGAAGGCGGAAGCCAGUUCAACGACGCCAACCUUUACUGUGACACUGGGUGGCGCUGGUGCCAGUAGCAAGCCAGCCAGAAAGAAAAAGAGAAAAUCUGUAGCUAGAAGUCAGGCUGAAACAACUGCGAGAUCUGUCACAAUGGGGCAAGAUGUAUUCAGUAGGCUCGGAUCAGGGUGAAUUACAAAGUACUUAUUUUAGUCAGGAGAAUAACUAUUUUAAUUUCAAUGUUCCCUUUCCACUUUUACAGUUGUAACCUACCACAAGCAGAACAGAAAGAACAAUAUCAUCCUAGUUUAUUAUUUCUCAGCCCCAAAACCAUUGUUGUGUACUUCUAAGAAUAACGGCAUUAACAAGAAAUGUUUUAUCAUUUUAUUCAAGUUUUAGAUCAGGUUUAAAGACAGAAAUAGUGUACAAAGAUUAUUUGCCUUUCCUCAGUAUUUAUGGUUUCAAGGAGUAUGUAUUUCAAAUUGAUUCUUUCGUACUGUUACUUGUUGAAAAGUCAUUGAGGGUAAUAAGUGAUUAGUUGAAGGAUGGCAUUUUGUUUUUGAGGAAAAAAUGGAGAGAGAACAUUGUUUGCUUGCAAACCUGUGCCCUUUUAUUGAUGCAUUGUCAUUGUCACGACUUGAAACAAGUGUUGAAGUAAAGAAGCAGAGAUACCUGUAAACUGCAUUUCUCCACUUAAACUACUCAAGGAUGUGUCAGUACAUAAUAUUUUCUUUAGUAGACCCUGCAUUUAAUCCUUAGAAUCAAGUGGGACAGAGCUGGCACUUUCUUCCACACCUUUUGACAUAUUUGUCACAGUAGCAUCAUUGUUGAUGAAGCAGUGGUCAUCUGGACGGGAAAGGCUAAUCCAUGUAUAUUUCACUCAAAGGUGUGAGUUACUUGUAUGUACAAUAUGCAGUUGAUGUUGAACAAUCAUGGCAAGCUUUGCAAUGUCGUGAUGCAUUCUGCAAGUUGCAAUAUCUUACACUUGCUGUAAUGUCAGAAUUUGUGUUAACAUUACUUUGUGUGUGUACUGCAUUUGAAGUGAAGUGUAAGGCAGACAGUGUGUAGUCUUAUUUUGGGGGGGGGUUAAGGGAAAAAAUACCAGUUUGUUACCGCUUGUUUUGUUGUAUUUGACUUUUGUUUCUUUUUGCUUUGGUUUUGUGUGUGUUAAGAAUGAUCGUUCCCAUGUACCCCUGCCCAUACAUGCGUCACCCAUAUGUGCAGCCGUCAUUUAAGUGUACAUGUACUGACCCAGACAGAUAUUAGCCGAGAACCUGUCCGAGACAGUAUGCAUUGUGGGACACGUUUGUUGAUAACCCAUUUUUGGUAAGCAAACAUUGUGUUUGCCCAGCAAAUUUCUCGGUCGAAGAAGUUAGCUCUGUGAUUCAGCCAGCAGGUUCACGACACCUCAUACACACCAUUGACUUUGAAGUCUACGUUUUGGUUCUUUUUCAGUUUGUAGUUCCAUGUGCCAAUGUCAGCCUCAUAUGUCUGCAUACAAUUUGCCCCUAGAACAAAGCUAUGAAAGUGAUUUCAACAUUGUGUAUGUAUUAAUGUUCAGAUUUCAUAUUAUAAACAAAAAAAACAGCCAAUUUACUUUCUGUGGCAGUAGGAGUUUCUAUGGACAGUCCAAUUUUUGAUGGAGAGCCCAAGUUGUAAGACACAAGGAUUCAUCAAUUCAAGUGCCUUUGGGUAAAACUGGGACGUAAGUGUUUGGCCAUUUUUUUGUGACGCUAGCCAAGAGAUGAUUGUACUUUGAAUUUCUGCCUUGCUUUCCAAAGCAGUAACCAUGAGCAGUUAACUUUUAUGGAAUGGUUACCAGGAUUAUUCAGUAUGGCAAAAAAAAUGGAAAGUAGUUGUUGUGUUCUGUUGGAGACUGACUUGGAGAGGAUCAAGGAUAUGUAGGUGCUGGUUUAUGAUCCCAACAUUCUGCACUGAGGUUGAAGUACAUUGUAUUUGUCAGACCCCAAGGUAUUUGUUGAUAGUGCCCAAUAAAAAUGGACAGAAACAAACCUAUAAAA